GGGAAACAGCAGCUUCCGGUUUAAAAUGAAUUCCUGAAAAAAUGUAAACAAAUUAAAUUUUCGGCAAAAAUACCGCGAGUCAGCUUAACUUAAAUGCAUGAGGAUUUAAAAAUUUAAAAAUGGCAGAAGUCUAUAGGCAUUCUGAUGCUCUGGAUAUUUGGCCUGCAAAUACGCCUUCAAGUUUAGAAGACAUAUGCAUAAUCUACUUCUUGGACCACAUUUUCAAAUUCUUGGAAAAAACAGACGAUUCUUACCGAUUAAAGCAAGGAAUUACUUUCCCACAGGGUCUAAGUGACAAAUUACUGGCCAAGCUCGUUACUCAUACCAAGCAUUUACAAGACACUGAUGAUAAUGUUUUCGGAAUUUUCAACAAUCGUGCCACAACCAGUCUGACGGAACUUCCAUUAAGAUAUACAGCAGUGAGUUCAGACCAACUGAGUUACUUGUGUCUUCAUCCCCUUCGUGAAAUUGACAUUGCUUACUGUUCGGAAAUUAAAGGAAAGUUUGUCAAGUGUAUAAAUCAGGCUCAUAGGACGUUGCGUGUUUUACAGCUUGGCGGCUAUGAUCAGUUUGAGCGUAUGGAAUUUCUCCUUGAAGGAGACGAUCAGUACAGUACACCAAGUGAACAGGGUGAUGGUGCAAGAAGUUUAUCUCAGUCUGCGAUAUUUGUGUUACCGAACUUGCGGUCACUCUCUAUUAGAGAUAUUAAUGCUUUUCGGCCAAUAGAUGGUGUGUAUAUAGAAAAUGUUCCUCUGAUUGACAGAGUAAUUCGUCCUUUAAAAAGUCUGACUCAUUUAGACCUUUGUGAUUGUCACCUGGAGAAGAAAACUUUAGAGGAAAUCGGUGACCUGGACUUACCAAAUCUUAUGUCUCUAAGUAUGUGUGAUGUUCUAAAUGGAUGCGAAACAGCUCUUGAUAACCUCUGCAGGUUGACAACUUUGAGGCACCUAGAUGUGUCACAAGGUGAUGAUACUACAAUGUUUCUGCCAGUACAAUACCCCAAACCUACAGACCGAUUACAGGCCAUUAUAGCCAGCAUGCCAAACCUGAGAUCCCUUGACAUCUCCGGUACAAAUCUCGCUGGAUAUGCCCCGGUACAGAAAACUUCACAUCGUCUCGAGGCAAAGUCAAAAGAGGAAGACCCUUCCGAUGAAGAUGUAGGGUUACCAGGCAGUGACGGUCGACAAUUCAACUUCCUGGGACUUCUCAACUGUGCUGACAAUGCCUCGCAUAGGAAAAAUAUACCUGCUCAAAAGGUGACAGGUGAUUUUUCAGAGGAGCAGAUACUGUUGGCAGUGCAUGUGUACCGAGACAAGCCGAAUCUGCUGACAAGAGGUUUCAACUACUUGUUUAACAGAUUUAGAUUUGAAACUGUGAAAACCCACUGUUUAGCUUUAGAGGGUAUUCUGUCAGGAAUGGAGCGUAACAAACAUGACAAGCAUGUGCAGAUCUCUGGUAGUGCUUCAUUGUUCUAUAUUGUGAAAGGCUGCAAGAAAGACAGAAUCACACAUACACAGAAAAGAAGAGUGAUUGGCUGUCUGCUUGAUGCAAUGGAGCGACACAUGGCUGAACAUACAAUGAUGAGAAAUGGCUGUCUGACUCUUUGUCAUUUCAACAUACCCUAUGAAGUGUUGUACUGCUACAAUCGCCUGGUCAGGAUACUACUUCAGAUGUUACGCCGAGAUUAUAACGAUGAUUUCCUGUUACGUAUAGGAAUCUUCUUGCUAAACAGUCUGGCAUGCCAGGUGGAGGGCGAGCACAAGCAGAUUCUGGGACAAACUGGAGUCGUUGAGAUAAUGAGCAACAUUAUCAAACUGAAAGUAGAAAACAGGAUCUGUGAUGAAAUACUGGAAGUUUGCUGGAGCACAUUGUGGAAUGUCACAGAUGAAACAGAAACAAACUGUGUAAAGUUCAUGGAGCAAGGAGGCAUGUACCUGUUCUUAGAUUGCUUCAAGAUGUUUCCAGACAAGGAGGAGCUGCUGAGAAACAUGAUGGGUUUAAUGGGAAACAUUGCUGAAGUGCAAAAACUGAGAAAGGAUCUGAUGAAUAAAGAAUAUGUGACAGUCUUCACAAAUUUUCUUGAGUCAACAAAGGAUGGUAUAGAAGUAAGUUACAAUGCAGCUGGUGUUCUGUCUCAUUUGUUGUCAGAUCAGGAGGAGGAAUGGACGAUAGAGAGCCCCUCGAGGCAGGAAGUUAUCAGCAGAAUCGUGCAGGCUAUCAAGCGCUGGCCACUUGACAGCAAACGUAACAUCAAUUACAGGUCCUUUGGUCCUAUUCUACAUCUUGUUAAAUGUUACCAGUCUCAUGCCUCACAAUAUUGGGCAGUCUGGGCGCUUUGCAAUCUCACACAAGUCUACCCUGACAAAUAUUGCCAGUUAUUGAAGGAUGAAGGCGGUCUAGAGCUGCUGGAGAUAGUGACAAGGGAUCCUCGACCUAUAGAUGCAAUCAAACAAUUGGCUGAACAAGUCAUCACUUUCAUAAACAAUAGGAAUUGUUUACCGCCCUGUGAAAAUGUUGACGAUGUUGAAAUGAAUGGUGACAUUGAGAAUGGGAACCAGUAGAAAAGAGAAAUUAUCAUGUAUUGAGAAUGGGAACCAGUAGAAAAGACAAUUUAUCAUACGUAGCAGGAGUUGUUUUGCACUUGGUGUUGUUGGUACAAACACUGACUGUGAUGAUAAAUGACACCAGUCCAAUGACAUCCUUGGAAAUAUCCAACAUGUACUUUCGGAAUAAAUCAGGUCAUUGUAAAUGACUUGUGCUUAAUCUAAACAAAGUGAGAUGUUGGUAUAGAACGGUAUAUUCCCAUAACUCAAAAAGUAUUUCGGGAAAUGGAAAUCUGUCGAAAUAAGUGAUAUAUACUUUCGUCCUAGUUCCCAUGUUAAUAACGAUUGUAAAAUUGUUUUUACAUGGCUUGUGUACAGCUCCAAUUUUACAGCUGACAGUUGACUUGCGUGUUUGUUUAAACCCUUACCCUGCUAAACUUCUAAAAUGAACUUGUCCAUCUUUCAGUUUGGACAGUACCAUUUACUGUUAAAAGGAGUGCUUACCAAAAAGAUACUGACUGAAUGGCAAACAGUGCAGAUUAGGAUCAGUCUGCAUGGAUGUGCAGGAUCUUGGUUUAAGCUUUCUGACUGGGGAUACAUUCAUCCAACUGUUGAACGUUAGAGCUAGUUUGGUACAAAUAUCACCUGAAGUUUCUGGGAAAUGGCAGUCAGCAGAAUUACAGGACAUGUAUUCUUGUAAUAUAUCUUGCCACUGUAUCUUGGCCAGACAACAUUGCUGUAUACAUGUGAUGUAUCAUGGCUAUUUGUUGAAUGAACAUUCGGUAGGUUUUAUAUUUAAAAGAGAUGACUGUGUUUAAAAAUGUUAUCAUAAAAAUGUAUUUCGGAAGGUUUAUUCUUCAUGUCCCAGAAACCAUUUAUAUAUAUAAUAACUGUUUGCAACACAUGAUGUUCUGUACACCAAGCAGGCAUUAUUACCUUAGCACUAUGGUCAUAUUUCUUUUACUACUCCAACCGUUCUGCACACACUCUAGAAAUUUUAGAACAUUGUUCUGGGUAGUCAGUGGAACGUGGUCCGUGACUUUAUAAUUGAGCUUCAUGCAGUUUGUGUUUUAAGCUUUGAUUCAUAUAUUUAGCAGUACGUGUUAGAGCUUUGUUUGUUGUAACUAUAAUAGUUAAGGAAAGCAAGGGUAUUGUAAAGUUAAUAUCUAUUAGUGGCUGCGAUGUAAGGACAGGUAUUAUAAAAUCAAGUUUUAUGAUUGGCUUUAAUGUUAGGAACGGUAUUGUAAAAUUAAGUUUAAUUAGUGGCAGUAAUGUUUGAAAAUGGUAUUGUUGUUUUUUUCAUCACUUUUCUUGUGUGUGCUACACUUCAUGCUAUUCUGCCAGCAUAGAUAAUAGACUGACAUUUGGUAGAGUUGGUUUUUUUUCAUCUAUUAAUACAGAAUUCAUCCCAUUUCAACCACACACUAACAGUUACUAGACAACUUGCUUGGUAUAAAAUUUUAAAAAACUAUUAAGCAUUUUUUUUAAUUCACCCUCUCAAAAGAAAAUAGUUUUUAACUGAAAAAUGAUAUAAUGAAUUUUUGUAGUCUAAAACAACUCGAAAACUACUAGUGGAAAGAGUGGCUAGUAUAUACAGCAGUUGAUAUGUUUUUAGCUCAUCUGGUUUUUUGAAAAAAAAAAAAAUGAUGAGUUAUUGUCAUCACUUGAUCAGCGUCGGUGUCUGCGUUGCCUGAUUAAGUUUUAUGUUUAGGUCAGCUUUUCUCCUAAAGUAUCUAAGCUAUUGCUUUAAAACUUGCAACACUUGUUCACCAUCAAUAUCUGACUCUGUACAGCAAGAUGCAUAACUCCACCCUGCUUUUUUGCAAGAAUUAUGGCCCCUUUUGGACUUAGAAAAUAUCAGAUUUCUUGGUUAAGUUUUAUGUUUAGGUAAACUUUUCUCCUAAACUAUCAAAGCUAUUGCUUUGAAACUUGCAGCACUUGUUCGCCAUUUAAAGCUGAUUUUGUACAGCAAGAAACAUAACACAAUCCUGCUUUUUGCAAGAAUUAUCACCCCGUUUGGACUUAGAAAAUAUCAGAUUUCAUGGUUAAGUUUUGCGUUUAGGUCAACUUUUCUCCUUAACAGUCAAAGCUAUUGCUUUAAAUCUUGAAGCAGUUAUUCGCCAUUAAAAGCUGACUCUACACAGCAAGUACCAUAACUCUACAAUGCUGUUUGCAAGAAUUGUGGCCCCUUUUGGACUUAGAAAAUCAUGGGUAGGACAGAAUUUCUAUUACAGAGACAAAAAAGUCAGAUGAGCGUCUGUACUCACAAGGCGGUGCUCUUGUUUUAUGUUGUGAUCUUAAAUUGUGUAUGACGUCACAUUUUAUGAUGUCACCUUGCGUGUAUCAGUGCUAUACACUGGGCACGUUAAAGAACCAGGCUGUCUAUUCGAAACGAGCUAGGCUAAGUUAGCCGGACAAGCCUGUAUCUGAUUUCUGAUCUCUCUGUCGUGGGGGCUUUGUCUCACUCUGUCCCUCUGGUCAGAUCGUGUCUGUACUAGUAGAGGAUGAAUUAUGUGCCCUGCAUAUGUGGCUGCAUUUGAACUAUGUAAAGCGCCUUUGAACGUGAAAUUGAUCAUGAAAAGGGCACUAUAUAAAUCUGGUAUAAUAAUAAUAAUAACAUUAUGAUGUCACUGUUUUAGUUUCGUAUAAAUUUUUACCCAAGCCCAUAUAUAAAUACGACUUUUUAUCACUAAUUGUAUGACUGUUCGAAUGGAAAUGACUAAAUAUAGAUUUAAUCAUAAUAUAUAGUACUGUUUUGCUAUUUUUCUAACCUUGUUUUUUAUUUGCUACACAAAUAACAAAUUAUUGGAUACAUCAUAGAAGUAACAUAUGAAAAGUAUAAAGUACUGGUAAGUAGAUGAUUUAAUCACUGUAGCAACUUGAUUGAAAUUGCUAUCUAGCUAUACAGUUUUUGAACGUUUUCAAAUGAAUGAUUACAUGGUUAUGAUAUAAAGUUAUCGUUGAGAUUAGAAAAUAUAACAGGUGUUUGUUGAUUACAUUUUUAGCUCGACUAUUCGAAGAAUAGGGGAGCUAUCCUACUCGCCCCGGCAUGAGCAUUAGCGUUAGCGUCACACAAAUGUUAAAGUUUGCGUACCACCCCAAAUAUUUUCAAAGUCCAUUGAGAUAUUGCUUUCAUAUUUUGCAUACUUGAUUACCAUCAUGACCCCAGUCUAUAAAAAGGAGGGGGCAACUCUAUCACGCAUUUUGACUGAAUUAUGGCCCCUUUUCGACUUAGAAUAUGCUUAUUGUAAUGUUAAAGUUUGCGUACCACCCCAAAUAUUUUCAAAGUCCAUGAGAUAUUGCUUUCAUAUUUUGCAUACUUGUUUACCAUCAUGACCCCAGUCUGGAAAAAGGAGGAGGCAACUCUAUCAAGCAUUUUGACUGAAUAAUGGCCCCUUUUCGACUUAGAAUAUGCUUUUUUAAUGUUAAAGUUUGUGUACCACCCCAAAUAUUUUCAAAGUCCAUAGAGGUAUUGCUUUCAUACUUUGCGUACUUGUUUACCAUCAUAACCCCAGUCUGUAAAAAGGAGGAGGCAACUCUAUCAAGCAUUUUGACUGAAUUAUGACCCCUUUUCGACUUAGAAUAUGCUUAUUGUAAUGUUAAAGUUUUACUCAUAGCUUAUAUUAUACUAUCAAGCACUGAGAAUAGUCGAGCGCGCUGUCAACUGACAGCUCUUGUUUAUUUUUGUACCCCCCGACAACAAAGUUGUAAGGGGGCGUACACUGGUUUCAGGUUUGUCUGUCUGUCCAUCUGUCAGUAGACGCAAUCUUGUGCGCACCAUCUCUCCUUAUCCCCUUGACAGAAUUUAAUGAAACUUCACACAUGUGAUCAGUACCAACAGUAGUUGUGCAUGGGGCAUAUAAGGUUCUUUUAGAAAAAAAAUUUGCAGAGUUAUGGGACUUUGUUUUUUUGUUACUAUACUAUAUACAUAGACACAAUCUUGUGCGCACCAUCUCUCCUCAUCCCCUUGACACAAUUUAAUGAAACUUCACACAAGUGAUCAGUACCAACAGUAGUUGUGCAUGGGGCAUGUUAGGUUCUUUUAGAAAAAAAAUUUGCAGAGUUAUGGGACUUUGUUUUUUUGUUACUAUACUAUAUACAUAGACACAAUCUUGUGCGCACCAUCUCUCCUCAUCCCCUUGACACAAUUUAAUGAAACUUCACACAAGUGAUCAGUAACAACAGUAGUUGUGCAUGGGCGUGUUAGGUUCUUUCAGAAAAAACAUUUGCAGAGUUAUAGGACUUUGUUUUUUUGUUACUAUACUAUAUACAUAGACACAAUCUUGUGCGCACCAUCUCUCCUCAUCCCCUUGACACAAUUUAAUGAAACUUCACACAAGUGAUCAGUAACAACAGUAGUUGUGCUUGGGGCAUGUUAGGUUCUUUCAGCGACAAAAAUUGCAGAGUUAUGGGACUUUGUUUCUUGUUAACAUACUAUGUACAUACAGUCUGCAUAUGCAAUCUUGUGCGUGCCUAAUCUACCAAACCCUUGCACACAAUUUAAUGAAACUUCACACAAGUGAUCAGUACCAACCCUAGUUGUGCAUGGUGCAUGUUACAUUCUUUUAGAUAAAUAUUCUGCAUAGUUAUGGGACUUUGUUUUUUGUUACUAUACUGUAUACAUACAGUCUAUAUACAUACAGUCCACAUAAUUAUGCAAUCUUGUGUGCGUCAAAUUGCAAUGUACUGUGUCAGUGCAUGCGGGGGGUACAUUCAUCACCUUUAGUGAUAGCUCUAGUUUUGAUUAGUGCUAUUUUGAGUCAGUUGUGAUAUUGAUUGAACCAUUACCUUGCUAGUUCCUAAAAUGGACUGGUCUGUAAUUCAGUUUGGGCAGUACCAUUUAUUGUUCGAAGGGGUAUCCACCAAAAAUUUACAGACCGAGUAGCAAACAGUGCAGACCAUGAUCAACCUGCAGGGAUGUGCAGGCUGAUCUUGGGUCUGCACUGGUGGCAAAGGCAAAUCGCUUGCUGCCAGCAGGUUAAAGGUUAUUUUGUAUGCCAUGUUUUUUAUAUUAUCAUGUGUAAUAUUUGCCCAAUUAUUAUUUCUGUCCUACAGUUGAUUUGUGAUGUAGUUAAUAAAUGUCUUUUAUGUAAUAAACCUACAUAUAUACACAUUUUAAGGCUUGUUUAAUUUGGAGAUUAGGACAAAGAUGGAUUUAUUUUCAAGGUACUCGCUUUUGCAGUAUUGUUAAUUAUAGUAGUCAUUGCAUUAAUUUUUUUUAUGAUUGCUCGGAUUGGUAAAGUUGUUAAGUUUUUGGAAAUGUAGGUGUUUCAAAUUACAGGGGUAUUUGUCUAUUUAAACAAGAAAUUAAAAGUUUGGUUACACAAAAUUAUUAAGUUAGGAAGGUUUCCCAUUUUCAGGGAAUCCCGGUAACGGUUUCACAGUUUAAAAAUGACAUGACCAUCAAAACUUGUGACAUUUUCGGAAAAAAAAAGCAAUUUCUUAAAAGCAAAAAGGAAAGGGUUUUCAGCUGAGGUAUCAGGGAAAUUUUGUCAUGUAAAUACAUCUUAAUAUCAAGGACAGUACUUGUACUUGAUCAUUUAAUUGGGGCCUUCACGGCGGAGGUGGUCAGGAUCCAUGCUGUUCGCUAACAGUUUCUCUAAUUGCAAUAGGCUUUGAAAGCGAAUAGCAUGGAUCCUGACCAGACUGUGCAGAUGCACAGGCUAGUCUGGAUCCAUGCUGGUCGCAAACGCACUAUGUUGGUUUUCUCAUGGCGCGGAUCAAAUGUUACCAUAUGAAUGGGAAGUAAGUGAUGCUUUUAGCUUUUAAACUGGCUCUCCAAACUGGGGUUCUGUUCAAAUAGCUGAUCAUUAUAUUCAGGUAAUGAAGAACUAAAAAUACACUUCUUUAAAACCACAUCAAUACUUUGAAUCCUUGGUAAAGAAGCUGAACACAAGUCUUAUAUACAAUUUGAGAAUUAUCUAAUUCUAUGAAUAACUUGUGUAGAAUAUUGUUACCAUAAAACUUUUAAUGUAAUUCUUCAGGAGCUCUGUGGGUAACUCAAAUAGAAUGGUAUUAUUAAAGCGACUCACCCACACAUUUUAGGCAAAAUAUAAUUUCUCUCAAAAAUCCAUAAAAAGUGAGUUCUCUGAACGUGACUAGUGGUACAAACUUAUUGACAUAAGAUUUUUGCAAGAUAUUUUUAUAAAUAACCAAAAAUGUUUUGCAGAAGGUAGUAAACUGUUGCAACACUUCUGAAAUAAUGCAGAAAAUUAAGAUUCAUCUUGCUUUUUUUACCAAUAUCUAACUUCUGUUUUCACUCUAUCAUUUUUUCAGUGUCAUAUAUUUAUACAUUCUAUGCCAAACUUGGUGGAAAUGAACAUGUUGAAAAAUUACACCCAAGCUGUGGGCUAGUAGCUUUAGUAACGUAUGAGCCGCGACAUGAGAAAACCAACAUAGUCUGGAUCCAUGCUGUUCGCUUUCAAAGCCUAUUGCAAUCAGAGAAACCGUUAGCGAACAGCAUGGAUCCUGACCAGACUGCGCGGAUACGCAGGCUUGUCUCGAUCCAUGCUGGUUGCAAAGCCACUUUGUUGGUUUUCUCAUGGCGCGGCUCAAUUAUAACACUGAUGAAUAAAAUAAAGAUGUGAUUUGGCAUGUUCCAGAAGCUGUUUGUUAUUGUAAAACUAUUGGCUGUUAGAAGGUAUAGUUUUCAGCUUUUUGUUUGUUUGAAUUUUUGGAUGAAUACACAUUUUUGUCUUCGGUAUUAUUUCCUUUCUGUGUAUGCAUUAAGUUUAUUAAUAAAAUCUGUGAAACCUUUA